AUGCACCCCCCAACCACCACCCUCCGCGUCCUCAUCAGCGGCGGCGGCAUCGCCGGCAACGCGCUCGCCUUCUGGCUCGCCAAGCAAGGCCACGACAUCACGGUCGUCGAGCGCUUCCCGUCCCUACGCGCCACCGGCCUGCAACUCGACCUGCGCGGGUGCGGCAUCGAGGUGCUCCGGCGCAUGGGCCUGGAGGCCGGGUUCCGCGCCAAGGCGGCCCCGGAGCAGGGCAUGCAGAUGGUGGACAAGUCGGGCCGGCGCCGCGCGUAUUUCCCCGCGAACAAGCCGGGUAGUGGGAAAAAGCAGAGCUUGACGUCCGAGUAUGAGAUGAUGCGCGGGGAUAUGUGUCGGUUGUUGUUUGAUGCGGCGCAGGGGGCCGGGAAACAGCCGCCCAAGUAUAUGUAUGGCACGUCGGUGGAGGCGUUGGAGCAGGUGGAGGGGGGAAAGGUGGACGUGCGGUUUGAGGAUGGUCGGACGGAGACGUUUGAUUUGGUGGUUGGGGCGGAUGGCCAGUGGUCGCGCACGAGGAAGGUGAUGCUCGGGCCUGGCGCGCCGGAUCCCAUGCAGCGGAUACCGGGGUUGGUUAUUGCCUACUUUACCAUGCGGCUGCCGAUGAAGGAGGGGGAGGAGUUCUUGGCUACUUCCUACCUGACUGCCAAGCAUCGCGGCAUCAUGACCCGGCGGCACAGCCCGGACGAGAUCCAGGUUUUGUUGUCGUGCAAGUCGGGGCCGGAAGGGAUCGACAAGGUGCCGCGGGGUGAUGUGAAGGGGGAGAAGGAGGUGCUCGAGGGGAUCUUCAAGGGGGCGGGGUGGAUGACGGAUGAUUUUCUCAAGGCCAUGUGGGCGGCCGAUGACUUUUACUGCGAGCGCCUCGGCCUCGUGAAGCUUCCGUCCUGGUCGUCUGGAAACGUCACCCUGGUCGGAGACGCCGCGUACUGUCCGACGGCCAUGUCGGGGAUGGGCACGACUUCGGCCAUGGUGGGAGCGUAUAUUCUGGCGGGCGAGAUCGGCAAGUACGUGAGCGGCGGUCUGCCCAACGAGGCGGUCGGGCUUGCCGUAGCGCUCAAGAACUACGAGGACAAGUUCCGGCUAUUCAUGGAAGGGAUACAGAAAGGUAUCCCCGAGAGAGCGGAAUCUCAGUGGACCAUGACUGGGUCGGCAUUCAGCAUCGGUAUUUUGAACUUGAUGGCGGGGUUUGCGUCCUUCUUCAAGCUCAACAUUGCCGACAUGAUCAAUAUCCGCGAGAGCGUUGAGGGAUGGAGUCUACCGGAGUACGAGCAGGUCUGGGAAUAA